AUGAAGAGUGCUGAGGUUUCUAUCUUCCUGAGCGCUAGGCAAGACGUCGUCGACAUCCUUGAAUCCGAUGGGAAAACGUGCGUUCUCAUCAAGGAGGCUGCCGCAUCGUUGUAUCAUGCAGGGUUCGACACAGAGAUCGUUCACAUUGUCAUUAUGUCCAAGAUCCCGGGACUCAUUUCCGAAGAAGAGGCGAAGGCAACACUCAUUCGAUACGACCCCGACCGCUUUAAAUGCGAGGGCGGUGAGCUUCGUUACUGCGAGCCUAGCGUGAUACCGCCGAAGAAGAAUUGGUGCAGAAUCGUUCUCAUACCUACUCCAAAUCCUCCCCCUCCGCAGUACGAACCGAACCGUACCAAGCGCCUGUUGGACCUACCAGUCGCAUCACCCCUUUCCAUCAUAUCGGACGCGAUAGCUGGCAUUCAGAUUGUGCCGGAGAAAGGAAGGGCAUCAAAGCUUUUGCGCCUUUUGGACAUUGUGUCGAGGCAUGAGCUCGUCACGAUUGACGAAGAGCACAUCAAAUGUAACGGACCAGUUAUUCGUGAAGAUGAUGAAGAGGAACUUGACGCAGAGAGCUUGGGCGAAAAUGAAGACACCGAAGCAGUUGUUAACCUAGAUCUUGGUUCCAUAGUGCUGGAGCCACCAUCCCCUUCAAAGCAGAUCACAACUGCGGGGAAAUUCGGGAAAUCGUCAUCGGCGUUCGCUAUGCCUUUUGAAGAGCCUUUGGAAACGGAACAGAUGUUGGACUCCUGA